UCUCUCAGGCACACGCCCUGUGACAACGAAAAGAAAAAAAAAAGUUGGCUGGAGUGGAGGUUAAAUCACGGAAAAGAUAUGCGCUGUUGGUUAAUCUGGUGAGGAGGAUCUGGAAGAAGGAAAGAGAGCAGUUCCUGAGAGUUUCUGUUCACUUCUUGUUUCCUGCGCGUUAGAGAUAUGGAGUCAGCCAUUAAGACCAUAGUGACAACAUUUCUUAGUUCUGCCAGAGGGAAAGAGAACCUCGACAGUAAAACCUUCCAGAAAAUGGUGAAGAGCCAGCUCAGCGGCGUCAUGGAGGACACAAACAGUUCUUCUGCUAUCAAGGAGAUGCAACAGGGCCUGGAUAGCGACAGCGACGGAAAAGUCAACUUCCAGGAAUAUCUCUCACUGAUUGGCUACAUUGCCAACAGUAUGAGCCAGAGCAAGUCUGAACCAACAGCAAACUCGUCAUAGGAGCAGAGGUCUUCACCAGAUCUUCAAACAAAAGUGCAUCCUCUUCUUUCUAAAGUCGAAACAUUCCAGCCAUUAUGUAUACUUUUUCUCUUCAUCAGAAGUCAACAGUCAUUUUACUGCAUUGCAAUGUUUUUUUGUUUUUUUUAAAUUCAUCUUUACAGUUUCAUACAUUAAAGUUCUCUCAGUUGGUCCUUUUUGUAUAACCGUGUAAAGAAAACAUGAGUAAAAAAAUAAAGACUUUGUAUUAAAACUGGA